AUGUAUUGAAAAACAUUUCGAUAAUGAAUCAUCAUUGAAAUCAAUACAGAUUAUAUGCAUUAUAGACACACUAUCCGAACUAAUGAUGAUGAUGCCAUAUGAUGAAUGUAAAAGAAAUGGCCAUCAUUUUCAUUUAUUCUGGUUAUUAUUUAUAUUGAUCAAAUUGAAAAAUGGAUUAUUAAUGAAACCUGAAGAAGCGAUUGAUUUUAAUCGUAUUCGUAAUGAUUUUAGCCAAGCAAUUAAACCAAUGGAAAAUAUUCAAUGGCGUGAAUUGCCACAAGGUUCACAAUCGUAUUUGGCUGAUUUUAUACUUGCUUAUUGUAAAAAUUUUGGUAUCGAUUCGUUUGUGAUCGAUCUCUGUAAAUACAUGAUAAAUAUACCGAAAAUCGAAAUGGGGUUUAAAAUGAUCGUUCAGCCUUUGAUUUCCUAUCAAUUCGCCAAAUAAUGUUGGAUGAUAACGAUGAUCCCUUGUACGAAUUGUUUUUACAUUUUGGAUCUCGCACAAUAACAGCUA